AAGCCCAAAAUGAAAUGUAAUUUCAUUGCAGGUCGCGCGUAUUGAGCACGCCUUUGGAAACGCUUGCGCAAAGACCCACCCUUUUUUCAAUCCUUUGGAGCUUGCAUCAUCACCACCACUCGCGAUCAAACAAACUCCCAACAUAAAACAAAAACAUAGAAGUCUCCUCCACCACCAUCUCAGCCGCCGCAAGCGAUGACCGAUCAGCCACGGCUGCGCCACAUCCGCAGCACCAGCCAGUUGAUCAAACAAACCACCGCCACCUUCACUGCCAAUCUCCAUACAUUUCUCUUCCUUUCUCUCCUUUUAUUCUCCUUUCGUUCCCUCGUCGAGAGUGGGUCCUACCUCCUCACCUCCUUCAUCGACCGCGACGCCUCUCUCAAGUCUCUCCUCUCCCGGCUGGACUUCUCCAAUCACCACUCAUCCACGCGCCGUCUGCAUCUUCACCAUCCUCACCACCAUCACCGCCACCACCACCACCAGCGUCGCCGCCCCUUUUUACAUCUGACACGUGUUGGAACUUUGGACGAUGAUUUCUUCUCCGGAGAUGAUGACAUUGAUAGACCAAUGUUCAAUCCUCUCCUCAAAAAGCCUGUCAAUGCCACUCUGGUAAUUUUCUCUGAUUUCGAUCCCAGUUUAGGGUUUUCUAAUGAAAUCGUUGAUAAUGGAAUUGAAUUUUCCUAUAUGAUUCGUCAUGGUGUUACAUUUAAAAUGAGUGGCAGAUUAGAGAAAUCCACUGGUAGAGAAGAGUUAAGUUAUGAUGAUGUUAGUGAACAAGAAGGGGCUCAUGAUGGUCAAGAAAUGGAGAGAAUUGUCGAUUUUCAAAUGCUUAUAAAGGGACUAGAGCUGGGUCGUCGUGACGUGACAGCAUUGUUUUUCCUCGUGAGUUUCUUGUCGGCUGCUUAUGGUUGGGUAAUUUUAGGGUUUACCGCAAUUUAUUCAUGGGUUCUGGGGAUUGUUUUUGUUACAGUCGUAAAUGAUUUGGUUGGAAGGUUUAGUUCAUUAUUUGGUGUUGUGUGGGAUGGGUCAAGAUUGGGAAUAAAAAGGCUUACUGGUUUUGUUUUAAUGAGAUGGGCAGUUAGAGAUGCUUUGACUCAGCUUCUCGGCUUGUGGUUUUUUGGGGAAAUUGAGGAUCAAUACUCAUUUUUCAAGCUUUUUGUGAGGUUGAAAUUGAUGCCGUUUUCUGUUAUGUCAACAUGGAUACGAGGGUUUGAAAAAGAGAUCUCAGGGUUCUUGUUUACAUGGUCUUUGGCAGAUACCUUUGUGGCUUUUAUAUUUGCUGUUGAUGCCUGGGUUGCCAUUGUUGACUCAAGGAGGACCGGAAGAGAGAUAGUUAAAGAAGGUUGUUAUAUGUUAUUGACAAUGAUAAAUCAAGCUAUACAGAUUAAAUGUCUGGAGGCUAUACUUUGUGGAUCAUGUGCAAGGUGGGCUUUGGCUCAUGUGUUUGGGAAAUCUUUUGCUAUGAUUUUACAAUCAACUGUAGAGGUUUACUUUAUGGUGGCUUGGCUGAUCUUUUACUUUGCUGCAAGGUCUAGGGAUGCUAAUAUAGAGGGAAUGAGUUUUGGGCGGAGGGAAUUGGAGGGUUUGGUUGAUGGACAUAGAUGAUAUCUAGUAGAUAAUGGCAUGAUGAUUUCCUUUGCAGUUGCGGGCUUCAAUUGAACGCUAAAAGUCGCGGUUAUGUCUUCAGUGCUCUGUGUCUUCCUGUUUUGCAUUCCCAUUGAUAUAGCACUGCCACUGGCUGGUGUAAUCACCAACGAUAUGUUGUAUGUACUUUACAACAAGAUUACAUAUUACUCGUGUAUAUUUUCCAAGCAAAUGCUUCAUGUGAAUAUUUUGUUCCAAUCAAUGUUUUAAAUGCACUGCAGUACCUGUUUCUGGUGAUGGCAAUAUACUUGAGAAUGGUAAUUGAUUUACCGCCGUUCUGAUA